AAACCUUUCUCUCCUUCCUCCUCACCCUCCCUCUCUCAGAUUCACCUCCCCAGAUUCCGGCCUCCCUCGCUUCGCCGGCCGCCGCCUCCCACCGAAGCGCAGCUGCCGGCCUCCUCCCAAUCGAAGGAAUUAUCUUCACAGAGGUCUCAGUCGGAUGUAAUGCUCUCCAGUUCUAACAAUGAAUAAUUCAGAAAAGAAGUCGGUGCGCUCCAUCCCUCCAAGAUCAUCACAGCGGAAAAAACAGUCCUCUUCUGAGUUGGUUUCUUCACCAAAAAGACCAAGUCGCCGCAAUACCUCCAGCAGUUAUAAACAAGACCAUUGUUCUCCUCCCAAGAGAACAGUAAGAACUGUCAGGAAUACUAAUCUGGCAAAAUAUAUAAAGGACAAAUAUUAUCGUAGUCCUCUGAGCCAGCGGCGGGCUUCAAAUACCGUUACUGGAAAAACUGCAACAGGACCAGUUAGGAAAAGGAAACGGAAACGGAGAAGGCACAAUACUGAUUGUGACGAGGCAACUCGCUUGGAAAGAAGAGCAAGGUAUUUGCUGAUCAAAAUAAAAGCGGAGCAGAAUUUACUAGAUGCAUACUCUGGAGAUGGCUGGAAUGGGAAAAGCCGAGAGAAAUUAAAGCCAGAGAAGGAGCUGCAGCGUGCUACUAAACAGAUCAUUAAAUGCAAAAUUGCUAUCCGUGAUAUCAUCCAUCAACUUGAUUUGUAUAGUUCUAGUGGGAACAUGGAUGAUUCUGUGAUGCCCCCAGAUCACUCUGUCAAUCCUGAUAAUACCAUAUGUUCAAAAUGCAAGUCUCAAGAAUCAGUUCCCGACAAUAAAUUUAUCUUCUGUGAAGGGGCUUGCAAAAUGGCGUAUCACCAGAAAUGUUCGGAACCUCCUUUAGAGAAAAUUCAUUCUACUGGUGGUCGUGGAUGGCUUUGUAAAUUCUGCUUGUGUAAGAUGGAAAUUUUAGAAGCUGUCAAUGCACAUUUAGGAACAAGCCUUACAGUGACGUGCCCCUCUAAAGAUAUUUUUAAGGAAGCAACUGAAAAUAUAGACUCUGAAGAUGGACCAGGAGAGGAUUGGUUAUCUGAGUAUUCAGGUGAUGAGGACUACGACCCUGAAGAAAAUGACUCCAUGAGCAGCAGCCUAGAUAGUGGUGAAGGAAGUAUAUCGGAUGACUCUAAUUGUUCGGGAAGUCCACUCUAUUCUCCAAACGAUGAUAUUCCAGGCUUUAUAUCAGCAGAUUUCACUGACGCUGAAGGAUUCUACACCAAUUCAAACUUAGGAAUUGAUUCUGGGGAUGAUUGUGUGGACAUGCUUACCUACCAAAGGCCAAAGAGAGAGGUUGACUAUAAAAGACUUAAUGAGGUUGGAACUUUGACUGCCUUUCACCCUUCACAGGAAAUGUUUGGAAAGCUGACUGAGAAUGAAAAACAGAGUGAAGAUGAAGACUGGGGUAUUAAUAGGAGAAAGAAAAGAAGAGUGGAUUCAUCUGGUGUUAGAAUCAACUCUGCCGAGGGUUUCUCCGAUCUCAAAUCAAAUGAGAAAGUCCAACCGCAGAAGAGAAAACUUUUCCGAAUUCCUCCUGAGGCAGUUGAGGUGCUGCGUAAAGCUUUUGCUGAAAAUGAGCUUCCAGCCCGAGAUGUGAAAGAAAAUCUCUCUGCAGAAUUGGGUAUUUCUUUUGAAAAGAUUGACAAGUGGUUCAAAAAUACAAGGUGCGCUGCUCUCAGAGAUCGCAAGGCUGAAGGAAGUAGUUACAUUGAUGGUCGCAGCAAAGGCUCGAGAAGGAGUGUUGAAAAAGCUGGAAGUUCAGUCAAGGUUGAUUCAGUGGAUAAUUCACACCUUCCUUUGACUGAAAUCAUUAAUGUACCUACACAACUACCAGUAUUUCUCGAGAAGGGAAAGCCAGAGUCAACUGGUAGCACAGCAAGGAGGAGGCUACACAAUAAAGGAGCUUCCUUGCAUCUGACUGGCGAAGUCAAGGAGAGUACAUCACCUACAAUGAAGCCUUGCUCGAACACACACCCUAGUCAUCUAGCAGGUUGCCACAUCAGCACGGAGAACACUGGCCCCUCCAUUGAUCCUUUCUUCGAUGCGAUCCUGGCAUACCCCACCAUCAGCACUGAUGACAGAGUUGUUUCUGGGGAGGACCCUGUGGCCUUUGAUGACGAUCCGUUCCUGGAUGUGAUGCUAGGAAAUCGUGACGUCUAUACUGAGGUGAGAGUCGCUUCUCCCGAGGACGUGAAGCGGCCCUUGGACGACCAACCUCUCUUGGAUGUGAUGGAGAAUGUGUGCGGGCUUGAGUACAGGCUGCAGAGACUGAAGGAGGGCAUGCUAUCAUCAUCAGCGGCAGGUGGCAUUGGAACCGCUGAGCGUGACUCACAAAACCAGCUAGUGGUUCUUGUACCAGCUGCUGAGCUGAAGGACAAACCGCAGCCUGGCAUCUGAAAUUCCGAAUGCAAAUGCAUACUCCACAUGGGCAUUGUCUAUAGGAGUUUAUAUAGAAGAAUAUAGUGUAGAGAGAAAAGAAAUUAGUGGCUAUAGUCCAGGGUUCUUGCUGACAAGGCAAGGCCUGGUGUCUUUCUGGGGCCUCAACAGUGGUCAUACUGUAUGUCAGAUGAAAGUUUACCGUCUGUGUUAUUAUACAUGUCAGAUGUUACUGGUCUAAAUGGGCUAAGUUGUACACCUUUUGGGGUUCAAACUUUUUGAUUAGAAUCAUGUUUGGUACACAAAUUUUGGUGACCUGAACUCCCAGUUUGACCUGGCAGUAAAAAUCCAUAGAUUUGUUUACAAA